GGUCGUUGCGUGCGCCUUACUCGGUCAUACACCGACACUCACAUCGUCUAGUCGUGCUACUUAAGCAUACAGCAGUGGCGCACACACGUGAGAUCUUCUGGCGGGUUGUCGUUGAAUCUUCGACUAGACAAAGAAGAAAAAGAAGAAGAAAAAAAAUAGCUGUCUUUGUCACCCUCUGUGGACGUUUCUCUUUUUCUCUCUAUCUUCCUCUCAUUCUGUUUUCACCCGUUGGUAUAGUUCAAAGGGAGGGAAAAAGAAGAAAAAAGAAGAAAGUGACAAAGAGGCGAAUAUGUAAGAGGAAGAAGAAAGAAAGGGUUGAUUGGUGAGAAGGAGGGUGAGUGGAAAGAAGGAUAGGAGGGAGGGAAGAAAACGUAACGGAGGGAGAAAAGGUAGCACAAAUAGCAAGUGGGGAUAGGAUUUUCGUUCGGAGCAGUAUCAGUCGGCUCUCGCGGCGUCAGUUAGAAAGAAUGCGCAUGAUCGAUUGCACGCGCUCUGAUCGGUCGGAGAUGUGAUACCGGAAGUAGAUACGGCGGUCUUAACCUGCGUCGCGUGCAGGUGCGGCCGCGGGUGCGUAUUACGAAAGGCGCGUAGGGAGCAGGUGCGAGGGUUGUCACCCUUGAAGGAUAGAGAGAAACAGAGAGUGGCAAAAGAAGGAGAAAGAGAUGACAAUACGUUCGAGCGUUGGUAAAUCGUCGUCACCAAGUGAAACGGCUAUGACGUCGAUCUUCUCUCCGUCUUACAUCAGGAAUUUAAAUAUGCAUCUGAUCUGCGCCAUUGCCUUUUGCUUCUUAAUUGCCCUCGACCGGCCGGCCUUUGGCCAACCAGAUCCACCUGAAUCGACCACCAUCGAAGAUCGAGGUAAUAAGAAAUUUGGCGACAAUUGCGAAGCUGACCGUGAUUGUGGCUUUGAUGGAUCUUAUUGUGAAGCGAAGAAGAAUAUAUGCACCUGUAAAGAAGAAUUUAAAGUUACGAAUCAUAUUGACAAAUGUGGACACCCGGCGAACGUUAACGAGAGCUGCUUCUUUCACGAACAAUGCGAGGCACGAGUGAGCCAAACAGAGUGCAGGGACGGUCGAUGCAUUUGCAUCUUCGAGAAAAUUCCGAUGACGCAGCCCAACGGUGUCAUAGUUUGCAUUGCGGAACACAAAGAACCACCCAGUUUGCAAUAUGUGGACCCAGCGAUGAUCGGAGUUCUCGUUGGCAUGGCAUUGAUGUUUAUCAUUAUAUGCGUCGUUCUUAGACUUUUCAGCAAAGCACGUUGGCGAGAGAAUCGAACGAUUUUCAACACUCCCAAUGCACGAUUGAUGAACGUAUCCUUGUUAAGAGACAACAAACUUCUACAUACUCAGGAACGUCGUGGUUCUAGGGCAAGUGUACGCGUACCAUCGAGGCAACCCUCGAUGGUCUCCUUGCGUGCACAUUCGCCAAACGCCUCGCAAGGUGCGAAACACACUCAGCACUCUCAGCACAGAGUGAGCCGGUCACGUACAGGAUCGCGACGUGGUAGCCGUGGUAGCAGUGGCAACGCAUCGGCCGUAUCAACCAAAUCAAACAACAAAUCUCCACCAAAUAAUCCUCAAAACAACGUGACGGAUCCGGUCUUGGAAAACGUCACCGUUGAGAUUCUCGAACCCAAAGCGUAGAUUAGAUCGAUUGUCCUAACCCGCUUCUCUCGCUUAAUCGAUCAUAUUUCGUAGAUCUUCAUCGCGAUAACUUUUUUUUUCUUAAUGACUAUAUAGUAAGAUCAUUUUCUUACCUUCUUCUAUCGCGAAGAAAACUUUAAUCCGAUUGUUCUAACGACUUGUCUCGGAGGCCACAUCGUUAAACUAAUAUUGGCAAUCAUUUCUUCUUCGAACUGGAAAACAAAAAAAAAUAAAUAGAAAAAGAGAGAAAGAGAGAGAGAGAGAGAGAGAGAGAGAGCGAGAGGGUUAAUGAAAUUAUCAAGAUUUUUAUCGCUCACGCGUUUUUUCAAAGUUUCGAAAAAGCGACGAAAUUUCGCACUUAUUUGCUCGAUGGAAAAUUAUAUAGAGAUUAUCCGAGGAAUUCGAUCGAGCGUCCCUUAUUUUGCAUUUUAUACUUUUUAAUGAAAAUGAUUAUAUAAAUAUCAACCUAUAUUUAUGUACAAGUUUGUACAUAAAUGGAUUAAAAUAUCGAGAAGAAGAAAAAAAAGAAGAGAGAAUUAAUCGUGUUCUCAUCAGUAAUCAUUUUCACAUAAGAACAAAAAUAUUAAUAAAAUUUAUUAAAAAAAAAGAAAAAAGGAAAAAAAGACUGUUGAACAAUUCAUCGGAUGAUCUCUGUAUUCCAUUGUACUUCAUUUAAUAUUCAUACACAGUAAUUUUCGCGUCUAUACCGAAACAAAGUUUUACUCGUGAAAUCUCCAUCCAAAGUGUGUGUUUAAUGGUUAAAGGAUAAUUAAUGACGACCAGGCGUGAUUGUAUGAAAGAUAAUAUCGAAUAAAAAAUAUGAGGAAUUAUUUAAAUCCUAUCCUCGUGAAUAGAGCAAAAAAAACAGAAAAAAAAAUAAUGAACGAUCGAAUUAAAUAUAUUUUACAUCGAAUUCAAUGUCACAACUCGACUGGUGUCACGAAGCCAAUACGAAAGGGACCAGACGAAAGUGUUUGAUUCAUGAUUCUGGAAAUAUAAAUAUCGAAAUAAUUCAAAACAUUAUCACAUCGUAAGCACUGCAAUUAGCACAACGUACGAUUUCCGAUACUGUUAAUCUUGUCCACGAUUUAAUCGUAUUGAAAUAUACGAAUAUUCGAAUGACGUUAAGAGAGAAGAGAAAAAAGAGCUAACUAUAGAAGAGCAAAUAAAACUAUUCUUGUAGUGUUAUGCCCAAACUAUAAAAUACAUUAGAAUCUUCACUUUAAAAAAUUUUCAAAAAAAUCUAUUUAUAAUUGGAUCAUGACUUUUGAUCAUAUACUAGUCUCGAAUAUUCGUUUCAUUCUGAUACCGGAAAUCCUAAUUCAAUCGUACGAUCAAUAGAAGUUAAUAAAUUAUCUAUAUGAAUCGAUUUAGAUUAAAAAUAUAUAUAUAUUAUACAUACGCAUAGGCUUCUAUAUUUCGAGGUGAAGAUUUUCGAGGAUAUUUUCCAAAUGGAAAUCAUCUUCAUAGUAUUAUUAUAGAAAUGAAAUCGCAGCCGACCAUACAUCAGCCAACAAUUUAAUAAGUUUCAUGUAAAAAAAACAAAAAGAAAGAAAAACGAAGAAUCAUCCAUAAGACGAGAAAUAUAUGAAUAUUUACGUAGAUAUGUAUUGAGAUCCUCGUUAUUAAAUAGUCAAAAAUGAAUUGUCAUCUAGCAAAAUUUAAAGAAAAAGUCGCGGAUAAUUCAAACGAUCGCCUCGAAACACGCCUAGAUAGAAUGACCAAUGGUAAAUCACAACUUUAUAUAUAUACAUAUAUAUAUAUAUAUCUUAUCUAUCUCUUGAAUUCGCACAAGGAGAUCUUUAAGAAGAAAAGAUGCUUUGCAAGGAUCAUAUUAUGACAUGAAAAUUAUAUUUCGAAUUUCUUAAUGACUUAUAAGAAUAUCGUUAAAUAAAUAAAAGAAAGAAAAGUAAGAAUCCAGUACGAUUGUAUCUGAGCAAUUUAGUGCCUGCGUCUCGCGUAUAUUAAUGGACUAUUAUAAAUGAGACAAAAAGAUAAAUUCAUAUAUAUACAUAUAUACAUUAUAUGUAUCAUAUAAAAAAUAUAUAUAUACAUAUAUAUAUCAAUAUAAAGUGUAUAUUCAUAAUACAUGCACACACAUACACACACAAGUAUAGACGCGAGUAAUAUAAAAGAAAAAAGAACAAACGAUAUAUGAAUCGUGUAAGUACACGUUUACUUGUGUGUGCGAUUUUAACAAAGCUUAAAAAACUAACACUAUUCGUAGACUGUUUUUCUGAAAAACGCUCAUUGACUGUAUCUACUCUGUGAUCCAUAUGCAACAUAUAUUGUCACGUUGUUCUUUAUUCUCCCUCGUUACUAUUAUUAUUAUUAUUAUUAUGACACGAUUAUUGCUAAUCGCAUGGAGUGAAAACUCGCUUAGAUUUUUUAUUCCCGCACCUGUGAAGUCUUUAAUAACAUUCUAGUAUCUACUUUCGCAUAACUUUGACUAGAUUUUAAGCCUCUACUGCGCAAAGCGCUCGUAAAUUAUUUACAUAUAGAGAAAAAGGAUUAUAAAGAAGAAAAAGAAAGAAAAUAAAACUCAGAGGGAGGGGAACAGUAAGUGUGUGUGUGUGUGUAUGUAAAAGAGAGAAAGAAAGAGAUUAGAAUGAACGAAAAAAGGAAUGAAUGAAAAAAGAGAGAAAGAGAGAGAAAGUAAAAGAGUGUAUGUGUCGCAUAUGCGCAAAUCUACGCUUCGUCUGACAUUCUUAAGAUUAGGAUAAAUAAAUCGCUAAGAAAAAAGUCGAUUGAAUUCCGAAACGAAAUUGGGGGAAGGUUUCGAUUUCAGGAUUUGAUCGGAUUAUUCGGCGAUAUUAUUAGUCCAUCAUGUAAAACACAUAUACAUAUAUAAAAUAAUACAUUUUAAGCAGGUACUUUACGCUAUAUAUAUAUAUAUAUAUAUAUAUAUAUAUAUAUAUAUAUAUAUUUAUUUAUAUAUAUAUAUGAGUAUCUAUAAAUAAACGCAUAAAAUGUAAUAGCAUAAAACGUUGAAUAUACUUUUGCUAUGCAACGCGUGUGUCUCGAAGGAUUCAUUGAUUCGAAUAAGGUCAAUGAUAUCCUUUGGUUCUUCUCAAACCGUAGAAAAAUUUAACGAAUAAAACUACGAAGCUUAGCGAGCGUUUGAAAUAGCUAUUUAUUAGAGCGUAACCGAUCGAUCGCAAAGAAUAAAAUGAACCAAAAGAAAAAAAAAAGAAAACAAAAUAGAUACACGAGAAGAAGAAGAAGAAGAAGAAGAAGGAGAAGAAGAAGAAGAAGAAUAAAAUAUCGAAGAAGUGUACUUAAGUAUCCACUUAUCCGCGUACACUCUUUUUCAAUAAUUUGUCACAUAUUGUAAGUGCGUCGCAUUAAUGCAAAAUACGAUUUACGCGUAGUUUCUUUCCGCCUUUAAAGAGAGGAAGAUGGUAUAAAAAAAAAUGGGACGUGCGAGCAGGAGUGCCUCCUCUAUUUCUUACUCAAAGACACUCGCUCACUUUUCUAAAAAUUCUAUUUUAAGCGAUCUUUCAAAAAUUCGUCUCGUAUUCUACAAUCGCUUCUCUGCAAGUGCCAUUUCGUUAAAUUAUAAACACCCGAAAGACGAUAAUUAUUCUCCGGGUAAAACAUUCAAUAAUUGUAUAAAUACGCUCGACUCAUUUCUACGCUUAAAUGUGAAAUCCUACGUCUUAUGAUCUUCGACGUUGAUCAUCGUCAAUGCGUCUAACAAUACUGUAGAGAUCUAUUUAUAUGUAAUGUGAAUCAACGGAUAAGGAUCCAUUUACCUUGGUAUAUCGAUGAUUAUCUCAAUAUCCAAUCCGAAAUAUCCAAUCUCUCGUCUCCCUUAUCGUCUUGAAUACUUUGCAAAUAUUUGAUGUCAGGCAUCAUGUCCUCUUCCUUUCAGAUUUUGAAUUUUGUAGAAAACUAGAUCGAUUACAUCGAUCGUGAAAUAUCAUGAAUAUCGACGAAAUAUAAUAGUUUUACCUGCACGAAUCUUAUCUUUAAAAACAUCUAAUAAUUUUCGUCGUCUUUUACAAAAUUCCACGACGAGAGAUCCCGCGAUAUAUCCGCAUGCGAUUUAUAUAAACAUAAUCAAUUUUCGAUGAUCGUAAUUGUACGUAUCUCGAUAAAGUUUUAAAUAAUCCAUGAAGUUUUUGGUCUUUCUCGAUCGAUGAGCGCUGGUGGUGCAAAUAUGGGGAAGUGUUUGGACCACUUUGACGCCAUCUUCGAUAAGAUCGAUCGACUUAUUCCCCGGAUAAUUCAAAGAUAUCGAAAUCAUUUCGAGUACCGUUUACAAUCGAUUGUACCUGUGACAAAUCAUUUCUUUUUAUAUUAUGAGAGAUAAUAAUAUAUCGACAUUUACUUUGUCAUAAUGAAAGAUUUGUAAGAAUGUUUAAGGAGAAAUCGCUGUACGAUUUAACAUCCUUCUCAAUAACAACGAUUAUGCGGCGUAUCACCGUAAAAUCAAAAUUAGGAUGAUACGCUCGAAAGGGCAGCAGCAACAGACGAUAGAUUAAUACAAUAGCUUAAUGAUCGAUAAUCUAUAUGCAAUUAUAUAAUAUUUAAGAAACGUUUUCCGUUUCUUCAGUAGGAUCCGACAGUCGUAUUUUAAGAUAGCACGAGAAUCGAAUGAAAACGAUAUAAAUGUCUAGCAAAUCGGUACCUUUCACCGAGGACAUUUUUUCUCGAUCCUAAUCUAUUUUUCUCCUUAACUCGUCACAUAAUGCACUUAUCACAAAAGAUAUAUUCCUAAUAUCGUAAUGAUCAAUUUCUCACUUUAUUGUAUCAUGUAUGAAAUAAGUGAAAAAUAUACUCGUUUUGUCUUACAUUCAAUAAUAAGAUAUAUAUAUAUAUGAAAUAAUUGCUUACUUUCAAAAAUGGCUAUACAAAAAUGUAUAACAUCUUUGUAAGCAAUAAUAUUAUAUUAUUCUCUUUAUAAUCACUUCUGCUUACUUUCUUCUUCAUCGUUUUGAAGAUCGAUAAGUCACGUUCAUAUAUUUUAUCACCGAUAUAUUCGUAUAUGUAGAUAUA